AUGUCAAGCCCUUCUAUCAGACCUUUUGACCUUACCCACGGGUCAAUCGAAACUAGUUUCUUGAUCCCAACCACUGCUUACUUCAGUGCCACCCAAUUGAAAGAACAAUUCAUAAAAUCUUUACCACAAGCCACAGAAAACUUUGCCGAUGAAAAUGAACCUUCCACCUCGGCAGAACUACUCGGUAAAUUCUUGGGAUUUGCUGCUGAUUUGGUCGAUCCAAACGUAACUGGUUUGUUCGACGAUGUUUUGAAGUUGGCCGUUAACGAAUUCGAAACCAACUACUUGAACAAUAGCUCUAAAGAUAUCCAUUCCUUGGCCACAGACUUGCUUGCCGAUCCUGAAAACUCCACCACCACUUUGCCAAAAGUGAAAAAUUUGGUGAAAAACUAUAUCAAGGCCAAAUACAUUUUGAACUCGCCAUUCAGAAAAUCCGUUUCUGCAUUAUACCAAAAUGACAAAGUUAAGAUGGUUGCUAUCUUUGGUGGUCAAGGUAGAAACGACUAUUUCGAAGAAUUAAAAGAAAUCUACGACAUAUACCACCCAUUGAUUGCCGAUUUGGUCAAGACCAUCAGUGAAAAAUUAAACAACUUGUUGUCAAUAACCCCUAACUCCAAGAACAGCUUUUCCGAAGGAUUUGACUUGCUUGGCUGGUUAAACAACCCUGAUAGCAUUCCUGAUGAAGAUUAUUUGUUGAGUGCCAACGUUUCCUGUCCAUUGAUUUGUGUCAUUCAAAUCCUUCAUUUUGCCAUCACCGCCAAAAUCUUGGGUUUAACUCCUGGUGAAUUGAAAGACCACUUCAAGGGUUCUACUGGUCACUCUCAAGGUGUGGUCACUGCCAUUGCCAUAUCCGCCUCUACCUCUUGGACCUCUUUUAUCGAAAACUCUUUGAAGGCUAUCAGCGCUUUGUUCUUUAUCGGUUUGAGAUGUUCUGAAGUUUAUCCAAACUACUCAUUGCCUCCUUCAAUCUUCCAAGAUUCUAUUGAAAACAAUGAAGGUAAACCAUCCCCAAUGUUGUCUAUUAGAGACUUGUCCAGAAAGCAAGUUGAAGAAUUUAUCGCUGCCACCAACUCCCACUUGCCAGCCGACAAGCAUGUGGUUGUUUCUUUGGUCAACGGUGCCAGAAACUUGGUAGUUUCCGGUCCUCCACAAUCCCUUUAUGGUUUGAACUUGGCAUUAAGAAAGGCUAAGGCCCCAAGCGGUUUGGAACAAUCCAGAAUCCCACAUUCCGAAAGAAAGUUGCAAUUUUCCAACCGUUUCUUGUCCAUCACCACCCCAUUCCACUCUCACCUUUUGGACAAUGCUAAUAAAUUGAUCUUGGAAGAUAUGAAAAAGAAUAACAUUGACUUUUUGAGCUCGGACUUGAAGAUUCCAGUCAUUGAUACCUACACUGGUGAUGACUUGAGAGAAAUUCAAGGUUCUGUUAUGGAAAGAGCCAUUUAUUUGAUCACCAACUUGCCUGUUCAUUGGGAAGCUGCAUGUGAUAAGAUUAAGGCCACCCACAUCCUCGACUUUGGCCCAGGUGGUGCCUCAGGUAUCGGUGCUUUGACCCACUACAACAAGGAAGGUACUGGUGUCAGAAUCAUUGUUGCUGGUACUUUGGAUAUUAACCCAGAAGAUGAGUUUGGUUACAAGCAAGAAAUGUUCGACAAUGAUUUGAACAAGGUUAAAUUUGCCUCCAACUGGUUGAGUGAAUUCCAACCAAGCUUGGUCAAGAACUCCAAGACCGGAGAACUCUACCUUAACACUAAAUUCUCCAAGUUGUUGGGAAGAGCUCCAUUGAUGGUUCCAGGUAUGACUCCAUCUACCGUCGAUACUGGGUUCGUUAGUGCCACUUUGAAUGCUGGUUACCACAUUGAAAUUGCCGGCGGUGGUUACUUCAGACCAGCCGCUUUUGAAAAAGCUUUGAGAACCGUGGCUGAAAAUGUCAAGCCAGGUACUGGUAUCGGUAUUAACUUGAUUUAUGUCAACCCAAGAAUGUUGCAAUGGGGUAUUCCAUUGAUCAAGAAGUUGAGAGAUCAAAACUUCCCAAUCCAAUCUUUGACCAUUGGUGCUGGUGUUCCAUCUUUGGAAGUUGCUACUGAAUAUAUCGAAACUCUUGGUUUGACUUAUUUGGGUUUGAAACCAGGUUCCAUUGACGCCAUUAACCAAGUUAUUGCCAUUGCUAAGGCUCACCCAACUUUCCCAAUUGUUCUUCAAUGGACUGGUGGUAGAGGUGGUGGUCACCACUCUUUUGAAGAUUUCCAUCAACCAAUGUUGUCGACCUACUCCAGCAUUAGACGUUGCUCUAAUAUUGUUUUGGUUGCUGGUUCUGGUUUCGGUUCUUCUGAAGACACUUACCCAUACUUGACUGGUGCUUGGUCCAAGAAGUUCAACUACCCAGCCAUGCCAUUUGAUGGUUUCUUGUUUGGUUCUAGAGUUAUGAUUGCUAAGGAAACUAUGUUAAGUGUUGAAGGUAAGGAAUUGAUUGCCUCUGCCCCAGGUGUCCCAGAUGAAAAAUGGGAAGGUACUUACAAGAAGGCUACUGGUGGUAUUAUCACCGUCAGAUCCGAAAUGGGUGAACCAAUCCAUAAGAUUGCCACUAGAGGUGUUCAAUUGUGGGCUGAAAUUGACAAGGAUUACUUCACCAUCAAACCAAAGGAAAUGGUUAAGAAAUUGGCCGCCAACAAGGACAAGAUUAUUGAAAAAUUGAACAAGGAUUUCCAAAGACCUUGGUUCGGUAAGAACUCCAAGGGUCCAUGUGAUGUUAAGGAAAUGACCUACUCCGAAGUUUCUGCUAGAUUGCUUGAAUUCUUCUACUAUGAACCAACCAAGGAAUGGAUUGACCCAUCUUUGCGUACCUUCAUGUUCAACUGGUUAUCAAGAAUCGAAGAAAGAUUUAUUACCAAGGAAGGUGAAUCUAUUUUGUCUGUUAGUGAAUUGUCAGCAUCUCCUAAAAAAGUUCUUGCUAAGGUUGACGCUGCCUUCCCAGACUCUCUCAAGCAAUUGGUUAAUGCUUAUGAUGUUAUUCAAUUCAUGAAAUUGUGUGCCAACCCAGCUCAAAAGCCAGUUCCAUUCAUUCCAGCUCUCGAUGAAAGAUUCGAAACUUACUUCAAGAAGGAUUCCUUGUUCCAAUGUCAAAACUUGAACUUCGUUCCAGACAGAGAUAUCCAAAGAACUUGUAUUUUGCACGGUCCAGUCGCUGCUCAAUACACCAACAAGGUUAAUGAACCAAUCAAGGACUUGAUGGACAGUAUCAACAAUGGUUUGAUUGAAAAAUUGUUGGCUGACUCUUACAAUGGUGACAAGUCUACCGUUCCAUCUGAAGAAUACUUUGGCGGUCUUGAAGCUUCUGAAGUUGUUCAAUCAUCUGAUGUCAGCUCCGACUUGAAGGUUGAAGUCAGCACCGACAAAGUGGUUUACAAAUUUGGUGAAUCUGUUGCUAACGUUGACAAUAACAAAUGGAUCAAAUUAUUGGCUGGUAGUACUAAGAACUGGAGAUAUGCUUUCUUGACUUCCAAGUUCUUUGUUGCCGGUGUUGAUUACGUUGACAACCAAUUCCAAUCACUCAUUGAACCAUUCGCUAACGCUAUUGUGGAAAUUGAACAUCCAAAUGUUCCUUCCAAGACCGUCUUGAGAUUGCUUGAUGGUAAGACCUCCAAGCCACAAAAAUUGAUUGAAGUCAAGUUGUUGGCUGAUGGCAAGACCAUUGAAUUGUUGUUGUUCACUGCUAGAUGUCACGACGAUGAAUUGUUGCCAUUGCAAUUGCUUUACACUUACAACACUGAAGACGGUUUUGCUCCAAUUUUGGAAAAGAUGGAUGACCGUAAUGAAAGAAUCAAGGAAUUCUACUGGAAGUUGUGGUUCGGUAAAGAAGACAAGUACGAUGAUACUUUUGAUUUGAGAAGCCAAAUCUAUGGUGCCAACUUCACCAUCACUGCCAAGGAUGUCAAGAAGUUUGCCCACAUUAUCAAGAACAAGAACGACUAUUGUAACACCCACGCUCCAAUGGAUUUCGCCAUCGUUAUUGGUUGGGAAAGAAUCAUGAAAUCCGUUUUCCACAAAAAGAUUGACGGUGAUUUGUUGAAAUUGGUCCACUUGUCUAACUCUUUCAGUGUUAGAUCUAACGCUGAACCAUUGAAGAUUGGUGAUGUUGUUGGUGUUAAGUCUGAAGUUUUGACCAUCAUUAACACUCCAACUGGUAAACAAGUCAAGGUCUUGGGUACCAUUUUCAGAGUUGACGCUGAUGGUAAAGAACAAGCUCCAGUGUUGGAUGUCGAAUCUCAAUUCUUCUACAGAGGUCAAUACGAUGACUUUGAAAACACAUUUGACAAGAUCAUUGAAAAACCAGUCAAGGUCAAGUUUGCUUCUUUGAAGGAUGUUGCUGUGUUGAAAUCUAAGGACUGGGCUCAUUUCGAAGAUGAAAGUCUUGACAUCUUGGGUGAAACUUUGACUUUUGAAUUGGAAACUGACGUGACUUUCAAGGACCAAAAGGUCUUCUCCUCUGUCAAGUCCACUGGUAAGAUUUUGUUAGAAUUGCCAACCAAGGAAAUUAAGCAAGUUGGUACUGUUGAUUACGAAGCCGCUGAAUCUUACGGUAACCCAGUUCUUGACUACUUGAAGAGAAAUGGUACUAGUAUCGAAGAAACCAAGUUGUUUGAAUCUCCUAUCUCCAUGGCUGCUGCUGAAUCCAUUAACAGCGUCUACUUGCCAGGUUCCAACGAUCCUUAUGCUGUUGUUUCUGGUGAUUACAACCCAAUCCACAUUUCUCCAAUCUUUGCCAAGUACGCUCAAUUGCCAGGUACUAUUACCCACGGUAUGUACACUUCUGCUUCGGUCCGUGCUUUACUUGAAUUGUGGGGUGCUGACAAUGUUGCCGAAAGAGUCAAGGCUUACAAGGCUAACUUCACCGCCAUGGUGUUGCCAGGUACUGAAUUAACCACCGAACUUGAACACAUUGGUAUGAUUAACGGUAGAAAGAUUGUUAAGAUCUCCACCAAAAACGCUGAAACUGGUGAAUUGGUGUUGGACGCUCAAGCUGAAGUUGCCCAACCAGUUUCUACCUAUCUUUUCACUGGUCAAGGUUCCCAAGAACAAAAUAUGGGUAUGGACUUGUACAAGACUUCUGAUGUUGCCAAGGAAGUUUGGGAUAGAGCAGACUACCACUUGAUGGAACAAUAUGGUUUCUCCAUUUUGGACAUUGUUAGAAACAAUCCAAAAGAAUUCACCGUCCACUUUGGUGGUGUCAAGGGUAGAGCUAUCAGAAGCAACUACACCAGCAUGAUUUUCGAAACUAUUGAUGCCGCUGGUAACUUAAAAUCCGAAAAGAUUUUCAAGGAUAUUACCGAAAAGACCAAAUCUUACACAUUCAAAUCUCCAAAUGGUUUGCUUUCUGCUACCCAAUUUACCCAACCUGCUUUGACCUUGAUGGAAAAGGCUGCUUUCGAAGACUUGAAGUCCAAGGGUUUGGUCACUGACAACUGUGUUUUCGCUGGUCACUCUCUUGGUGAAUAUUCUGCUUUGACUUCUUUGGGUGAUGUUAUGCCAAUUGAAUCUUUGGUCGAAGUUGUGUUCUACAGAGGUAUGACCAUGCAAGUCGCCGUCGAAAGAGAUGAACAAGGUAGAUCUAACUAUGGUAUGAUUGCUUGUAACCCAUCCAGAGUUUCCAAGACUUUUGACGAUGCUGCUUUGAGAUUUGUUGUCGAUGCCGUUGCCAAGAAGACUGGUUGGUUAUUGGAAAUUGUCAACUACAAUGUUGAAAACCAACAAUAUGUCGCUGCUGGUGAUUUGAGAGCUUUGGAUAGUUUGACCAACGUCUUGAACGUUUUCAAAUUGAAGAAGAUUGAUAUUGUCAAGCUCCAAGAACAAUUGUCUGUCGAGAAGAUCACUGAAUAUUUGGAUGAUAUUACCGAAGAAGUUUCCAAACAAUCUUUGGCCAAGCCUCAACCAAUUGACUUGCAAAGAGGUUUUGCUUGUAUCCCAUUGAAGGGUAUUUCCGUUCCAUUCCACAGUUCCUAUUUGAAGGGUGGUGUCCAACCAUUCAAGAAGUUCUUGCUUAAGAAGAUCCCACAAAAGGCUCUUAACGUUGAUAACUUGGUCAACAAGUAUAUUCCAAACUUGACUGCCAAGCCAUUCGAAGUUACUAAGGAAUAUUUCGAAGAUGUUUACCAAUUGACUGGUUCUGAAACAAUUAAGCGUGUCAUUGAUAACUGGGAAAGUUACCAAAAUUAG